GGGGGAACUUCCGUUCUUUGUUCUGUCCCCGGUGUGUGGCUCUGUGACAGGGUCCAACAGGGCCUGGUCUGUGUCCGGCCCCCCAAAUCUGUCGUCCCUGCCCCCAGGUCUGUCUCUGGAGUGCAGUGGCACGAUCUCGGCUUACUGCAACCUCCGCCUCCCGGUUCAAGCGCUUCUCCUGCUUCAGCUUCCCGAGUGGUUAGGACUACAGGCGCCCGCCACCACAUCCGGCGAAUUUUUUUGUAUUUUUAGUAGAGACGGGGUUCCGCCCUUUUGGCCAGGCUGGUCUCCAACUCCUGGCCUCAAGUGAUCCUCCCACCUCAGCCUCCUAAAGGUCUGGGGUUACAGGCGUGAGCCACUGCACAUGGCCAUUCAUUGAGUUUCUGUGAUGCACUAGGUCUCUGUGAGGUGAAGGUCCAAGGAGAUAGAUUUUCAGCGAAUCACCUGAAGACUUAUAAUGGCUCAGCUGUGCAAUAAUGGCUCAGCUGUGCAAUGUGGAUCCCCUGCUGAAGUAGUUGGGAGCACAGUGUCUAGCAAGUUAGCUGACGGAACGUUAGAACUUUCUUACCCUGGGUGGAGGUGGACCUGAGAACCUACCAUUCCCUUUCAUCUCUCCACCCAUGCAGCGCAAAUACUAGUUGUGGUGGUGGUCUUAAUUGGUAUUUAUUAGCAUAUAAUAAGUAUUCUCUUUUUUUUCUUUUUCUCUAAAUGUCUUGAUUAGAAAUGAAGUUUAGGCUGGACUCGGUGGCUCAUGCCUGUAAUCCCAGCACUUUGGGAGGCUGAGGUGGGAGAAUCACUUGAGGCCAGGAGAUUGAGACCAGCCUGAGCAACAUAGUGAGGCUGCAUUUCUACAAAAAGAAUUUUAAAAAACUCAGCCAGAUGUGGCAGUGCACACCUUUAGUCCCAGCUCCUUGGGAGGCUGAGCUGGGAGGAUCACUUAAACUCAGGAGUUUGAGGCUGGAGUGAGCUCAAACUCACUGCACUCCAGCCUGAGCAGCACAGUCAGACCCUGUCUCACAUGGAAAAAAAAGACGUUUGCAUGAAUAUUUUAAAUUCCUUUUUUUCCCCUUAAUCACACAGCAUUAGCAUCAACAAAAGUCAGAAUUCCCGGGAACUUGAACAGAGGCUGCUAAAUUCCCAGUAAUUGCUCCUUUGGCCUUCUAGGGACUGACUUCAAAGAAGGAAGGAAAGAAUCAGGCAGUGCUUCCUCAUUCUCUUUUAAAACCCACUUCCCGCUGAGUCUGCACCCAGGAGACCAGAGAGCACCUUGCCCUUCCAUGGAAACUCAGGCCGAUCUCGUAUCUCAGGAACCUCAGGCCCUGCUUGACAGUGCUCUUCCUUCAAAAGUUCCUGCCUUUUCCGACAAGGACAGCCUGGGGGAUGAGAUGUUGGCGGCUGCACUCCUAAAGGCCAAGUCCCAGGAGCUGGUAACCUUUGAGGAUGUAGCUGUGUACUUCAUCCGGAAGGAGUGGAAGCGUUUGGAACCUGCUCAGAGGGACCUCUAUAGAGAUGUGAUGCUGGAGAAUUACGGGAACGUGUUCUCACUGGAUCAUGAGACCAGGACUGAAAAUGAUCAAGAAAUUUGUGAAGACACAAGAUCACAUGGGGUCCUACUGGGAAGAUUUCAAAAGGAUAUUUCUCAGGGUCUCAAGUUUAAAGAAGCCUAUGAACGAGAAGUCAGUCUGAAGAGGCCGCUGGGGAACUCCCCUGGAGAAAGAUUGAACAGGAAAAUGCCAGAUUGUGGUCAAGUGACAGUUGAGGAGAAGCUAACCCCCAGGGGAGAAAGAAGCGAGAAAUAUAAUGAUUUUGGGAACAGCUUCACUGUGAAUUCCAACCUUAUCUCACAUCAGAGACACUCCGUGGGAGACAGACCCCAUAAGUGUGAUGAAUGUAGCAAGAGCUUUAAUCGAACUUCAGACCUUAUUCAACAUCAGAGAAUCCACACUGGGGAAAAGCCCUAUGAAUGUAAUGAGUGUGGGAAGGCCUUCAGCCAGAGCUCACACCUUAUUCAGCAUCAGAGAAUCCACACUGGGGAAAAACCUUAUGAAUGUAGUGAUUGUGGGAAAACCUUCAGCUGUAGCUCUGCCCUCAUUCUGCAUCGGAGGAUCCACACGGGGGAGAAACCGUAUGAAUGUAAUGAGUGUGGGAAGACCUUCAGUUGGAGCUCCACCCUCACCCACCAUCAGAGAAUCCACACUGGUGAGAAACCCUACGCCUGCAAUGAAUGUGGGAAGGCCUUCAGCAGGAGCUCAACCCUUAUUCACCAUCAGAGAAUCCACACUGGAGAAAAACCCUAUGAAUGUAAUGAGUGUGGGAAAGCCUUCAGCCAGAGCUCACACCUCUAUCAGCACCAGAGAAUCCACACUGGAGAGAAGCCCUACGAAUGUAUGGAAUGCGGAGGAAAGUUUACCUACAGUUCAGGCCUUAUUCAGCAUCAAAGAAUCCACACCGGGGAGAACCCCUAUGAAUGUAGUGAGUGUGGGAAAGCCUUCAGGUAUAGCUCGGCUCUUGUUCGCCAUCAGAGAAUUCACACUGGAGAGAAGCCUUUGAAUGGGAUGGGCAUGAGCAAAAGCUCCCUCAGAGUUACAACCGAGUUAAAUAUCAGAGAGUCCACGUGAAAGAGCCACACACCCAUUUUCCUCACUUCCCCUGAGUCUCAAGAGCUCUUGCCUUACCCUAUAAAUCUCAGCAGCUUAGGAUGUGUCCCUUCCAACUCAGACCUUUCAUUUUAGAGAAUGGGGCAGAUGGGGCAAAUCGCUGAAUUUUCCCAGAAGUUGCACCAGCCUUAGAAAGCGACAAGGCAAGCGGAUGGCGUGCUGGGAAUAGAAGGCAGCUCUGGGACCAGUCGCCCCAUUUAGGAAAGAAGUUUGCACUAAACUGUUUUUCUCACAGCAGAGGAACCUUUCCAAAGUGGGGAUGGAAGCCCAGUCGGGACAGAAUUGGAUGGAUUCCUUUAGUUGGAAUCCGUGUAGUCAGCACAGACGGCAGUGGAAAGGACGCUCUGGGUCCUGUUAUUUGCUAGGGAGGGUAAAGGGAGACUAUUUCAAAGCUACUGUUCCUAGUCCAGCUUUGUUUCGAUAAGAAACAUGCUGUUUUGUUUCAUGAUUUCAUCAAUUAUGGAAAUUUGGCAUUGAGGGAUUGUUUUAUUGAGGGUAGAAGAGAUUCCAGAAUCAUCUGUGAUGAUGGUGUCCUUUAGGGCUCUUGGAACAGCCAGACCAUGUUUCCAAGAGAAACCUGGUGAUAUUGCCAGCAGACCCCCUGCCCUCCCCAGUUGUCCUGGGGCUGAAUGGGCAAAUCUAUCCGAACAGCUAGUAACCGGCUGUGAGGGAGAGGGUCAGAAGCACUUAGCGUUGGCCUCUGAGUCCUGUCCUUGCUCGUCCUCUUCCCACUCCAAUGAUGAAAAUGAUUUUCUCUAAAUGCCUGGGUAAGGAUGCUUUCAAGGCGCUCACUCGGCCUGCUUGCCCUGCCCUCUCACCUCUGACACCCAGCCCCAGGAGCCAGACCACUCCUGCCUCCACCUCUGACUCCAGCAGCUGAAGAUUAAUGCAGAUAAAGAGCAAAGCCCAAAAGGGAGAAAAAAAUAAAAAAGCGAAGCCAAGAGAAGGCAGGCUGUGCCUGAGCCUGGUGGCAGAGCUCGUUGCUGGGUGAGGAUGGCGCUCCCCAAGUUUUCCCAACCGACGGGAUGACCUUCCAUUGUGUUUUCCCAACCCUGCUCAUCCUGUAGCAUAAAUGAAGUGCACUAUUAAACAGAAUAGUUUUUCA